GCCGGGACUGGGAUCGCUGCGGGAAAGCACGGGCCGGGGAGAGGGCGCUGCGCUCGGGCUACCCAAUGCGUGGACUAUCUGCAGCCGCUGCUCGUGCAAUAUGCUGGAGCUCCAGAACAUCUAAACGGAGUCGCCACACCGCUGCCUGGACUGGAUCACAGCGCUGCCUUUCCUUAUGAAGAAGACACAAACUUGGAUUGUCACUUGCAUUUAUCUUCAGCUGCUCCUAUUUAACCCUCUGGUCAAAACUAAAGGGCUCUGCAGGAACCGUGUGACUGAUGAUGUGAAAGACGUUACAAAAUUGGUGGCAAAUCUUCCAAAAGACUAUAAGAUAGCCCUCAAAUAUGUCCCCGGGAUGGAUGUGCUUCCUAGUCAUUGUUGGAUAAGCGUGAUGGUGGAACAGUUGUCAGUCAGUUUGACUGAUCUUCUGGACAAGUUUUCGAAUAUUUCUGAAGGCUUGAGUAAUUAUUCUAUCAUAGACAAACUUGUGAAAAUAGUGGAUGACCUUGUGGAGUGCGUGGAAGGACACUCAUCUGAGAAUGUAAAAAAAUCAUCUAAGAGCCCAGAACCCAGGCUUUUUACUCCUGAAGAAUUCUUUAGAAUUUUUAAUAGAUCCAUUGAUGCCUUCAAGGACUUGGAGAUGGUGGCAUCUAAAACUAGUGAAUGUGUGGUUUCUUCAACGUUAAGUCCUGAAAAAGAUUCCAGGGUCAGUGUCACAAAACCAUUUAUGUUACCCCCUGUUGCAGCCAGCUCCCUUAGGAAUGACAGCAGUAGCAGUAAUAGGAAGGCCACAAAUCCCAUAGAAGACUCCAGCAUACAAUGGGCAGUCAUGGCAUUGCCAGCGUGCUUUUCUCUUGUGAGAUUGCUUUUGGAGCCUUUCUACUGGAAGAAGAAACAACCGAAUCUCACAAGGACAGUUGAAAAUAUACAGAUUAACGAAGAGGAUAAUGAGAUAAGUAUGCUGCAAGAAAAAGAGAGAGAGUUUCAAGAGGUGUAAUUGUGGCUUAUAUCAACACUGUUACUUUUGUGCCUUGGCGGGUAACAGUUCAUGUUUGCUUCAUAAAUGAAGCAGCUUUAAACAAAUUCAUAUUCUGUCUGGAGUAACAGACUGCAUUUUUAUCUGUUCUUGCUACCCAUGACUCUAUAUGGAUGAUUCACAAAUUGGAACAAAGUGUUUUACUGUGAAACUGGCACUGAAUUAAUCAUCUAUAAAGAAGACCUUGCAUGGAGCAGGACUCUAUUUUAAAGACCUGGGGGACUGGUGGUCUCAUUUAGAACUUGCAACUGACGUUGGGAGAGAAAGCACGUGUCCCAGAUUGCAUGCACCAUUUUGCAUGCCUCCAGAAGUGUCUAAUUGCUGAAAAGUCACAUAGCUUUAUUUUCAGUUACAACCUGCAGUUCAUAGUAAUCUUGGUCUUUGCAAGUAGAUUUCAUCCUGUAUAGUGGGGAUAAUUUUUCUGAAAUGAAUCUAGAAAAAAUGUUAAAAACAAAAACUCAACAGCAUCAGCCAGUCUACAUUUAGAAAGCAGUAGGAACAAAAUGAUUGGAGUAGGCAACAUGUCAGCCUUGUAGCUGCUAAUUAAUGGUCUGGGUCUGAUCUUGGUCUCUUCUUGACAUAAACCUAUCUCCCACUAGACAAAUGGACAUGGUUAGCUGGAUCUAUCCAUGCUUGGGAGUCAGUAUUGUAUUAGAACAGUGAUGACAUCAAUAAAAUGGGAAAAAAAACCUGAAUGGGAGAAAAUAAUUGCAAGUCAUAUAUCUGAUAAGGGGCUAAUAGCUAAAUCUACCAAGAACUCCUACAAUAAUAGCAAAAAAAAGAAAAAGAAAAAAACCUCUAACUUAAAAAU